UGGUGUGCGGGGAAGCUCUAUAACUCCACAGAAGAAGCCCCGUGUCCUUCGCAACAACAGCUAACAUGGCUACUGCUACUAAAAUCGUCCAAAGGCUUCGAAAUUUCCUGGCGGGGCGUGAUCUGCAAGCCAAGCUGCAGCUGCGUUAUGACGAGAUAGCAAAGAGGACCCAGCCACCACCUACACUGCCCGUUGGCCCGAGUCACAAGUUUGCAAGCAACUACUAUUACACUCGAGACGGCCGCAGAGAGUCGGUACCGGCCACGGUGGUGAUGUCUUCGCAGAAGGCUCUUACGGCUGGGAGUGAGGUUGCUAAGACGACAAGGGCUCCUGUGACGCCAGGAAGUGUUUAUGAACCACCGCCACUGUCCACAGACCAGCCGUACCUCUGAGCAGCAACCUGAGCCUCCUUAUUACUUCUGUUGGUUGUAUCUUGUACAAUAGAAAGUGUGAAUAAAAUAUGCUAUUUGUUUCA